UACUGUAAGUGUCAAGGCAGUCGGCUCUUCACAACGUUUAGUGAGUUGUUUUAAACGUAUAGACUCUAGUAGGUGGAAACAAGAAGUGUUCAAUUGAGUAAAAUACAAAGUACCUUCCUAUCUAGGUCGGAAUCGUCAUUAAUAAUUUAACUGAAAGUAGAUUGUAGUCAGUGCAAAAGAUCUUAUCUAACCGAUCGCUUACUUUUUGUUGAAACUUGUUACUGUGAAUCAUGAACCGUCCUGAGAUAUGGGAAAAGUACAAACCACAUCGUCAAUAUGUGAAGACGCUAAUGGAAGAAUACAAAACUAAGUUCAAUUGGAGUGCCGAUGGUCGAGAUUCACUAAUGGACAUCGGCUGUGCCGGCGGUGGAAUUACAAUUGACUAUAUUCUACCGAUUAUGCCAACAAAUUUCGAUCGAUUAAUCGGUGUUGACAUUUCAGAGGACAUGAUUGCUUAUGCCCAGAAAAUGCAUUCGAAACCAAACAUCGAAUUCAAGACGUUCAAUAUUGAAACCGGUAAUACCGGAGAACUGCCGCAAGUGGAUCAUAUAACAGUGUUGUAUGUUUUCCAUUUGGUACACGACCAUGACAAAGCUCUUAGCAACGUCUACAAUCUGUUGAAACCAGGCGGCGAUUGCCUGAUACUGUUUAUACCACAGUUUCGAUAUUACACUGCGUAUGAGCAAUUAUCACGUCAUCCAAAGUGGUCGAAAUAUAUGAAAAGUGUGAAAGAUGCGAUUGUCCCAUGCUAUUUUUCUGAAACACCCGAAUCUGAUUUUGAGCAAUUGUUGAAGAAACAUCGCUUUUCGAGUGUGGAAAUUGCUACUGAUGUUUCGAGCUACCAUAUGGGCGAUGUAAAUAUCUUUAAAAAAUUCAUAACAACGGUAUAUCAUUUCUAUGAAGGAAUUCCCUUAGAGGAACAUGACGCUUUUACCGAUGAUUUCGCUCGAGUGGCAGUGAAUGUCUUUAAUUCAAUUGCAAAUAACAAGCAGUCGAAUGAGAAUGGAGUGUAUCUACCGGUGACCAACUUAAUCGCGUUCGCAAGAAAGUGAAAAUUAUUUUAAUGUUAUUAUGAUCCCAAUAAAGUUUCUUUUUGUGCCUUAGGAUCAUUAUUCCACGUUUUUCGUCACUACACCUACGAUCGAAAAGUUCGGUUAAAGUACU